GGGAAUGUGCUGACUGGUGACCGAGGGGCCGAUGAAGUCGGUAGCGAGAGGGGACAGGAGCUGAGCGUGCAGAAAUACAGGCGUCUACAGCGGCAGUACUGGAUCUCUGCUGGUUUGCAGAUUGUACAGAGCUGUUCCGUUUGCUCGAGAUAGUUGGCGCAGUCUCAGGACGCGAAAUCGUUUGCAUGGUUGGUCGGGUCCUAUCGCUAGCUCGCAAGACGCGUGGUAGAGAGGGUAGACAAGCGUUGUGUUGUAUACAAGAGAAGUCGACCAUGAGUUGUUUCAUGAGAUCCUCCAGGGGUGACUCAUGAUGACUUUUUCCAGUGCUACGCACCCAACGCUGCCUAUAAGAUCUGGAAAGGGCGUCGAAGGACUUCGUACAAGGCAAAUCAUGUUUAUCCCCAUCAAACUCACGUUCUCUGGGUUCUUCGGCGCAAAGCUCCUUCAGUAUACGUCGUGUAUUGUCCUUAACGGCGCGACAGGUGCUGCUUGUAUGGUCUUAGAUACAUGGGUCGGGACGGGCAUUCUGCGUAGAACGGGUCAUGCAGGCUACGGGCCUCUAGAGGCGCAUCAAUACGCUAAUGCCGCACUGAUAGGCAUUCCUGCUGGAGUUGCCUGGUACUAUGCAACCCAGGUUGUCGAAGCUGUGAUCCCGGAACUUGGCGAGAAGCCGACGACGCAGACAGGACGUUUGCUCAAGUCUUUGACGCAGUGUGUUCUGAGUACAGGCCUAGCCACACUGGUUGGCUUUGUGGCGGCGAGAGCAGCUGAGCAUCGCGGUGAUGACCACUAUCUUGCGGCAAGUCAUGGCGCAGCUGCCUCGGCGACGGGUGAGGUGGUCGUGGCGGCUAUCUGGCUGGUUGUUCUAUACGUUAUCGUUGGCUGCUGCGCAUGCUGCAUCACAUCAGCUCAACCUGACCGCCGCGAAGCUUUCAGUAUGGUCUAGUCAGAUCGCCUCGGGCGUAGCUGUGACCUACACGUUCCGAGUAACGUCCAACGAUGUGAGCUGCGACCUCACGACUUGGAGCAUCGAUCAGAUGACACGUAAUCAAGUACGUGCUGUCACUGCUCUGCUGGCCACUCCUUUGUAUACUCUCUGCUUCCCUUUUCCAUACUUCAAGCUCUUCUGCAAUCAUGACUCAC